ACCGGUGAGGGACACUCGGAGACACGCGGGGACACUCGGGGACACUCGGGGACACUCAGAGACCGAGCCGGAAGGGAGCGAUGAUUGGCUGCCAGGCGAGAGGCGCGCUGUGAUUGGUCGGUCCUGGAGAGCGUCGCGGCAUCGGCCGAUGCAUCGCGCCGUGGAGCCCCUGGGGGGCCGGGCCGGACGCGACCCCUUCGCCGUGGGGAGCCUGGGCUGCGGCGGGGGCUGGGCCGGCUGCCCCCCCCCACGGGCCUGGCUGCCCCCCCCCAGGUGCUCCUCCAGCCUCGGGCCGGCGCCGCUGGCCCCCCCACCUGACGCCCCCUCCCCCCCCAGCGGGAAUGGGGGGCCGCCCCUCCCCCACAAGGCCUUCUACCCCCCGGGGGGAGCUGGGCGGCCACCGGCCGGGGACAUCGGCCACCGGCCUGGGGACAUCGGCCACCGGCCCGGGGACAUCGGCCACCGGCCUGGGGACAUCGCUGGACACCGAGGGGACAUCGGCCACCGGCCUGGGGACAUCGGCCACCGGCCUGGGGACAUCGCUGGACACCGAGGGGACAUCGGUGGCCACCGGCCCGGGGACAUCGCUGGACAUCGAGGGGACAUCGGUGGCCAUCGCCCUGGGGACAUCGGUGGCCACCGGCCCGGGGACGUCUGCGGCCAUCGAGGGGACAUCGCCGCCCGCAUCGGGCGCCUGCAACAGGCCCAGCUCUGGAGUUUCCCCCCCACUCCUGUGUCCCCCCCCCCGGGCCCGGGCCCUGCCCCCCUCCAGCAGGUCUGGAGCCUGCUGCACCCCGAGAAAAGGACGUUCCCGGCUAAAAGGGGGGGGGCGCAGCUGAAGAGGGGGGCGGCCCCCCCCGACCCCCCCCGGG